CCCCGUUCCCCGCCUUUCCGCCUCUCCAGUCCCCAUCCCCUCUCUCUCCCAUCCUCUCCGGCGAUGAGCUCGGUCGGGCGCGGCGGCAAGCGACGGGCGGGGCCUCCCGCAGCCCCAUCCCCGCUGGCGGCGAAGCGGGCCCAGCCCAUGCCGCCUGGCGCCCCACAGCCGCCUCCACCGGCUGCCGCGGCGGCGGCGGAGGAGGAUAUGAUGGACGAGGACGUUUUCCUGGACGAGACUAUCCUCGCGGAGGACGAGGCGGCGCUGCUGCUGCUCGACCGCGACGAGGCCCUCGCCUCCCGUCUUUCCAGGUGGAAGCGCCCCGCCCUCCCCGCCGACCUCGUCUCCGGUUGCUCCCGCUCCGUCGCUUUUCAGCAGCUGGAUAUAGAUUAUGUUAUUGGUGAGAGCCACAAAGAGUUUCUGCCCAACUCUUCUGGUCCUGCGGCUAUAAUCAGGAUUUUUGGUGUCACCAGAGAAGGUCACAGUGUGUGCUGUCAGGUGCAUGGGUUUGAACCAUAUUUCUACAUCAGCUGCCCGCCUGGAAUGAGCCCUGAUGAUAUUUCAGGCUUCAAACAAACACUAGAGGCGAGGAUGAAGGAAUCAAAUAGGAAUAGCAGUGUGCAAAGAUUUGUGAAGAGUGUUGAGCUUCUGCAGAAGCAGACAAUUAUGCAUUACCAGCCAAAUAAAUCUCAGUCCUUCCUCAAGAUAGUAGUUGCCCUACCUACAAUGGUUGCUAGCUGUCGUGGCAUCCUUGAAAGGGGCAUAACGAUUGGCAGUCUUGGUUCAAAGAGUUUCGUGACAUAUGAAAGCAACAUUCUCUUUGCCCUUCGCUUUAUGAUUGACUGCAACAUUGUUGGUGGCAAUUGGAUUGAACUUCCUGCUGGGAAGUAUAGAAAAGCAACUCGCGUCAUGUCCUAUUGCCAGCUAGAGUUGGAUUGCCUAUAUUCAGAUUUGGUAAGCCAUGCUCCUGAAGGGGAAUACUCUAAGAUGGCCCCCUUUCGCAUAUUAAGUUUUGACAUCGAAUGUGCUGGUCGCAAAGGACACUUCCCAGAACCAACUCAUGAUCCGGUUAUUCAGAUUGCUAAUUUGCUCACGCUUCAAGGCGAAGCCCAGCCUUUUGUACGGAAUGUCAUGACUCUUAAAUCAUGUUCUCCCAUUGUCGGAGUGGAUGUAAUGUCAUUUGACACAGAGCGAGAUAUUCUACUUGCUUGGAGGGAUUUAAUACGCGAGGCAGAUCCUGAUAUUAUAAUUGGAUACAAUAUCUGCAAAUUUGAUCUGCCAUAUCUUAUUGACAGAGCUGAAGUUCUCAAGAUAGUGGAGUUUCCACUACUUGGUCGAAUCAGAAAUAGCCGUGUCCGUGUCCGUGAUACCACCUUCAACUCAAGGCAAUAUGGUAUGCGUGAAAGUAAAGAUGUAACUGUUGAGGGAAGGGUACAAUUUGAUCUUCUGCAGGCUAUGCAAAGGGAUUACAAGCUGAGUUCUUAUUCAUUGAACUCUGUAUCUGCACAUUUUCUAGGGGAGCAAAAAGAGGACGUUCAUCAUUCAAUCAUAUCUGAUCUUCAAAAUGGAAACUCAGAGACACGAAGGCGUCUUGCAGUUUAUUGCUUGAAGGAUGCUUAUCUUCCACAAAGACUGUUAGAUAAAUUGAUGUACAUCUACAACUACGUAGAGAUGGCGAGGGUCACAGGAGUUCCCAUUUCUUUUCUGCUCUCGAGGGGACAGAGCAUUAAGGUCCUCUCACAGUUACUGAGGAAAGCAAAACAGAGAAACCUUGUUAUACCAAACAUAAAGGGCCAAAGUUCUGGGCAAGAUACCUUUGAGGGUGCAACUGUUUUGGAGGCAAGGGCUGGAUUUUAUGAGAAGCCCAUUGCAACUUUGGACUUUGCUUCUCUGUAUCCAUCCAUCAUGAUGGCCCAUAACCUAUGCUACUGCACUUUGGUUCCCCCUGAGGAUGUCCGUAAACUCAACUUGCCUCCAGAAAGCCUCUACAAAACCCCAUCUGGUGAAAUAUUUGUGAAACCAGAGUUGCAAAAGGGUAUACUUCCUGAAAUCCUUGAAGAACUGUUGGCUGCUCGGAAAAGAGCAAAAGCAGAUUUGAAGGAAGCAAAGGACCCAUUCGAAAGAGCGGUUCUUGAUGGUCGUCAGCUUGCCCUAAAAAUAAGUGCAAAUUCAGUUUAUGGUUUUACUGGUGCUACUGUUGGUCAAUUGCCCUGUUUAGAGAUUUCUUCAAGUGUUACGAGCUACGGUAGACAGAUGAUUGAGCACACAAAGAAGCUUGUUGAAGAUAAAUUCACAACACUUGGAGGCUAUGAGCAUAAUGCAGAGGUGAUUUAUGGAGAUACUGAUUCUGUGAUGGUACAGUUUGGCGUUUCUACAGUCGAGGACGCAAUGAAAUUGGGAAGAGAAGCUGCAGAGUAUAUUAGUGGAACAUUUAUUAAGCGUGAUUGCGAGGAUUGCGAGGAGAAGAAGGAAGCCACGGGGGCCUGGGCCGUGGACAGCUCGAGCCACAAUGUGGUUGCGUGGAGGAGAGCGGUGGCAAGCAGGAGUGAUCCCCUUUUCCCGGCGCCACCAGCAUCAGCUAGGCGUGCCUCAUCUGCUCGGACCAGCGUGUCCCUGAUGAGGAUAUACCUUGGCAACACCGAUCCUGACAUUCAGGAGGCCCCAGGGCGAAUUUUGAACAAUACGCAUACCUCUUAUAGUAAAACAAAAUUAUUCCGUCUUUUGUAUCUAUGCCACAAAAAUGUUUAUGAUAAGUUCUAUACAUUGCCACAUAAUAACUUUCAAUAGAUUCAACAAUUUCAGGAGAACAUUUUUAAUUCUAAACCAAAUAAAAUUUCUGAAAUAAGAGAUGAAAGAAGAAAUUAAAAUGUUGGCUAAUCUUUAAAUCUCGAAGAAAAAUGCAUGCCUGACAUGGUCACACAUGGAAAAUAAAUCACCGAAUAUAGAUCCAUCGUACGUGCAUCAUAAAUCAAAGAAGAGAAAACACGGUAUAAGAAUUAAGAAGUGUGGGAAAAUAAUGCCAGAAUUGACGGCUUGCCAUGAACUCCACAGAUUGUGUGCACCUGACAUCAGUUCGGAUGGCUCGCACAAGAAAAAUACCAAUAAGAAGUAAUAGAUGAAGAAAAUCCACUAUGAAAUAAAUAAAUUAAAUGUUGAGUCACAGGAACCAUUGCAAAGGCUAUAUCUAUUGAUUAGCCCUUUGCUUGAGGAACAGGAUUGCUCUAAAAGAGGUGCUUGAAGAAAUGUAACAGAAGUAAAGAAAGGUAGCAGCAGUAUUUUCUUUUUUGACUGCAAGGAAAAAGGAAAAAGUUGAGAGAAGAAAAAGGAAAUUAAAGAAUUCUUUUGAGGGUAUAAAGAUAAGGACAGGAGAGAGCCAUAUCAUGUUAAUAGGUUGGGCCUUCUGGCUUGUUCAGUUUCUUUACUGCAUGUAUAUAGAUGGGCCUAUGUGCUCACAGACGAGCGGGCACGCACUGCCAAAAACCCUGGAAAACUGGACACAACAAAAUCGGUGGGAAGUGUAGAGGAUGGACGGACGGAACGGGUGACAUGGGGAGAGGCUGACGAAAAGAAGAUGUACGACGGAGCGUUAAGUUCUUUGUUGAUAGGAGAUAUAAGUAUCUCUAUAACAUGGAUAGUAUGUACCCUGUGACGUUCAUCCUAGUCUCUAGUGUCCUUCCCUCAUAGCCACAAGCCUGUUCACCCUCUAAGGUGACUUGUAUCUUUCAAUCCGAUCAGGACUUGGAGAUGUGUGUAAGGAGCAUUUCUGUACUAAUUCUACUUGUAUUGAAGGUCUGUCGGAAAAGAUAAAUCCAACCAAUUAAUCAAGCAGUUGGCGAUCUCAUCAGAAGCAAAGUAAAAAAGUAGAAGGAACUGGGGCAUUGAAAGGAUCAGGGGCUACAUUUUCUUUAGCAUGAUAUUCAUUUUUAGGGCCAGAUCCGAGGUUUGUAAGAGGGUUCAAGCGGGGUUGUGAGAGAGCCAUAAUCUAUGUUGUGCUAAGGAAUUUGUGGCUAGCCUCACUCUCAUCUCUUGUUAUUGUUUCAUCACCAUUAAUUUGGUUCUCUCUACGAGGCUCAUCUACUUUGUUCUUGGUAGCUGCAUGCUUGUUCGAUAUCUCAAAAUAUCAGAUCAGAUCCUGUUAACUGCUUCACAUUAGAUCAGUGUCAUUAUAACAUGUUUGUUCCUGUAAUAAAUCCUAGCUGAAUUUAAGUCCUUGCCAACUAUCCAAUUUUGUUAAACUAAUAACUUUCAAUUUUAUUAUUUGUUGAUUUUUACAUCUGUU